UUCACUUCCAGCGAGAUCCCUUUGCCCUCAGCCACGCUGCCAGCCUCGUUCCUCUGAGCUCAUCCCCUUGUUUUCUCUCGUAGUUCUCUCAAGAACCAACAUCGAUUCAGGCGAAGUACUUCGCCGUGGAGUAUGGGGACCCUUGGGAGAGCGAUCUACACCGUUGGAUUCUGGAUUCGGGAGACCGGCCAGGCCAUCGAUCGGCUCGGAUGCCGCCUUCAGGGCAACUACUUUUUCCAGGAGCAGCUGUCAAGGCAUCGGACGCUCAUGAACAUCUUUGACAAAGUACCAAACGUUUACAAAGAUGCAUUCGUGGCUCCCAAUGCAUCCAUCAUCGGAGAUGUUGAAGUGGGAGAAGGAUCGUCCAUCUGGUAUGGAUGUGUUCUGCGAGGUGAUGUUAACAGAAUCAGGAUUGGAUCUGGAACUAACAUUCAGGACAACUCUCUUGUACAUGUGGCAAAAUCUAAUUUAAGUGGAAAAGUCUUGCCAACUAUCAUUGGAGAUAAUGUUACUGUAGGGCAUAGUGCAGUCCUACAUGGAUGUACUGUUGAAGAUGAGGCUUUUGUUGGUAUGGGUGCAACCCUGCUUGAUGGUGUGGUGGUAGAGAAGAAUGGAAUGGUUGCUGCAGGAGCUCUAGUGAGGCAAAGCACUAAAAUUCCUUGCGGGGAGGUGUGGGCAGGAAACCCAGCCAGGUUCCUUAGGAAGUUAACAGAAGAAGAAAUAGCCUUUAUUUCCCAAUCAGCAGCGAACUACAAAAACUUGGCCAAAGUGCACGCUGUCGAGAAUGCCAAACCUUUCGAAGAGAUAGAGUUCGAGAAGUUGAUGCGCAAGAAGUUUUCCCGAGGCGACGAGGAAUACGACUCGAUGCUCGGAGUCGUCCGUGAAGUUCCCACCGAACUUGUUCUUCCCGACAAUGUGUUGCCCGACAAAUCUCGCAAAUCGUUCCACUGAGCUCCAACCGGUUAAAUCGUAUCUUAAACUCGUUUCCACAGCUGAUUUAUGUCGAAUGUUGUUUGAGGAUGGUGAUUCUAUUCCUUAAUUUGUGGUCUCCCAAUAAUUUCUUGGUCGAGCUUUAUUGUAGUAAGAUCGGCCAUCUUUGCUUAGACUGCAGAUUUUUGGUAUAUUAAAGUUUCAAUGCCUUAAUAUUAAGUGGAUUAUUAGUAAUCCUUUUGCUUU